AUGCCGGCAGCCCGAACUGCAACCGUGAGUGCACAUGGCCACCUGCCGGGUCCAUGGGGCCGAUCUUCAGCGAGUACCUCUUCAUCAGGUUUUUCUCCAGGCCGGGGGGAGGAAGUAGAGACUGGUGCAUUCUGGUCCAAGGCCAAGUUCCGGGAACUCCUCCUACAGCUUAGUUACAACAAGGUGGAAGUCAGUCUACAGGUUGAACCAGAAUAUAAAAACUGGUGGGGACAAGUUCCUGCGAUUGCCCCUAUACCUCAGAACAAACGUAGCAAAGACGGAGACCAGUCGAAGACGACUUCCACAAAGAAGGCACAGAGCAUGGACGUGUUUUUGUCAUACCAAUGGGGCAAACAACCACAGGUACAAAAACUGUUUGCACGACUUACCUCCCUUGGCUACACGUGUUGGAUGGACGUGCACCAGAUGGGCGGAGGGGACUCCCUGUUCGACAAGAUUGACAAAGGCGUGAGGGGCUCAAAGGUUGUCAUCAGCUGUGUGACAACAAAAUACUGCUUAUCGGCCAACUGCCGUCGGGAAGUCAGCUUGGCAGAUGCUUUAAAGAAACCUAUCGUACCAUUGUUACUGGAACCAACAGCCUGGCCUCCAUCGGGACCAAUGAGCAUGGUCCUUACUCCGCUGGUAUACAUUGAUUUAUCACAGGCUGAGCGGGUCCAAGAGAGCUGGAAGGGGGGGAAGAGUGGGGAAGAAUUCCUCAAGAGCAACUUCGUCGACUGCCGAGACGGUGCCGAGCAGUAA